UAUCGCCGAUGCCGACUGUUUCAAUUGUUCCGUACCAUCCGUGCGAGCUGGUCGCGUUUUUGUUCCUCCUCAUCGAAAAGGUUUAGUGAAAAAAUAAAAUAAAAGAAUCUACAAGUUCAGUUUUUCUCUCGCUCGCGUUGUGGUGUGAUAUGGUGAUUUUUGAAUUUUGUGCGCUGCCGAAAAAUUUGAAAGCCAAGUUAAUACAAACCGUGUGCUUCGUGUGAUCGUACAAGUUCCAGAGUUGGCUCGCUGCAUUUUCGGUGAUCGUGAUCUUCAGAAACAAAAGUUUUUCUCAAUGAACAAAAGGACUUAGCGUGUGCUUAAGAAAAAGAUUAAAGGCGUAUUUGCGCUCAUUUAUUUGGUGAAAGAGUUUGGUGAUUGACUCGAGUGUGAAGUUCAGGGUGGAGAAAUGUUUCUCGAUACGUACCUGUUGAGUGUGGUGCGGCAGGAGUUUUUGGACGCGUCCAAGGCCAGAAGCACGCUGCUGGUGUUCUGCUGUGCGCUGGCCGUGGUGCUGUUCCUGCAGUGGCUGUUCCGGUUAGUGUGUCAAAUCAAGAGUCUGCCACCGGGGCCGUGGGGUCUGCCGGUGUUCGGGUACCUCACGUUCAUUGGCCGCGAAAAACACACCCAGUACAUGAAGCUGGCCAAGAAGUAUGGGUCGCUGUUCUGCGCCAAACUGGGCGCCCAGUUGACCGUGGUCAUCAGCGACUACAAGAUCAUCCGCGAGGCGUUCAAGACCGAGGACUUUACCGGGCGGCCACACUCGCCGCUGCUCAAAACGCUGGGAGGUUUUGGUAUCAUCAACAGCGAGGGGCAGCUGUGGAAGGAGCAGCGCCGGUUUCUGCACGAAAAGCUGCGUCACUUCGGGAUGACCGUGCUCGGCAACAAGAAGCAACUGAUGGAAAACCGAAUCAUGACUGAGGUCACCGAACUGCUGACAGCGCUGAAUGAUGAGGCUAACGAGUCGACCGACCUGAGCAAGUACCUGUCCGUGUCGGUGAGCAACGUGAUCUGCAACAUUAUCAUGUCGGUGCGGUUCUCGCUCGAGGAUCCCAAGUUCAAGCGGUUCAACUGGCUGAUCGAGGAAGGAAUGCGUCUGUUUGGCGAGAUCCACACGAUCGACUACAUCCCCCAGAUCCAGUACCUGCCCGGCAACAUCAACGCCAAGAACAAGAUUGCCAAGAACCGCCAGGAAAUGUUUGACUUUUACCGCGAGGUGAUUGAUGAGCACAAGAAGACCUUCGACGCUAGCAAUAUCCGCGACAUUGUCGACGCCUAUCUGGACGAGAUCGCGAAGGCCAAAGCCGAGGGUCGCGACAACGAGCUGUUUGACGGAAAAGACCAUGAAAUCCAAAUGAUGCAGGUGAUUGCGGAUCUCUUCUCUGCGGGAAUGGAAACCAUCAAGACCACACUGCUGUGGCUGAACGUGUUUAUGCUGCGCCACCCGGAUGCGAUGAAACGGGUUCAGGACGAGCUGGACCAGGUAGUUGGCCGCAAUCGUCUGCCCAAAAUCGAAGAUGUACCGUACUUGCCCAUAACGGAGACCACCAUACUGGAGGUGAUGCGAAUCUCCAGCAUCGUCCCGCUAGCGACUACGCACUCCCCGAAAAGUGAUGUCGUUAUCAACGGUUACACAAUCCCGGCCGGUUCGUACGUGGUGCCCCUGAUCAACAGCGUCCACAUGGACCCGACGCUGUGGGACAAGCCGGAGGAGUUCAACCCGAGCCGUUUCCUGGACGCCGAAGGAAAGGUCCACAAGCCGGAGUACUUUAUCCCGUUCGGCGUCGGUCGUCGCCGUUGUCUCGGCGAUGUGCUGGCCCGCAUGGAACUGUUUUUGUUCUUUUCCUCGAUCAUGCACACCUUCACGAUUGAGCUGCCCGAAGGUGAACCGAUGCCGAGCCUCAAGGGAAUCAUCGGCGUGACCAUCAGUCCGCAGGCCUUCCGCGUGAAGCUGAUCCCGCGACCCCUCAACACCGACCUCGACCGGGUGAGGAAUGUUGGCGGAUACUAAGGCUCCGGCAACUGGCCUUCAAAACUAGAGCACGGUAUGUUCCUAUGCUUCAUGCAAACACAAGACAGUAAAAACAACAAACACAUCCAUCAUGAGCGAGACGCGAGAGCUGAGAAACAACCAUCAUGAUUUUAGCGCAAAAUCAAGCAAAACAAAAAUCUAUCCUCUCCUUCUGUCCUGACCACUUCCCCCCGCAGUGGACCGGUCCCCAGAGUGGAACGAAACAAUUUGAAUCAAGUGCCUGCACCUAAAUCGAAAGUACACUAGCUAGUCAUGCGUUUUUGUUCGGAGAGUAAUUUUGUUGAAUCAUUCUUCUACAAUGUUGAGUUUGUUUUAAUGCCUAAUACAUAUAUAGAGAGAGAAAGAGAUAGAAAUCCGCAUUUUAAUCGCAUUUUAAUGACAGUUAAUUAUUUAUACAAGCACCGAGUUUUAAAAAUAGAGGGUAAUAACGCACUCACGAGAAACGAGAAUUUACGUUGUACAAAUGGCUCAAGCCACAAAUACACAAACACACGCACACACAAAGACGACACACGUACAUAUCAACACGCACACACAGACUUGCACAAAUAUCCACACACACCCGCAGCUAAUAGAGUGAUGAAAAGAAAAAAGGAUUGAGGAAUAUAAUAUGACAACAGUUGAAACGCACAAAUCAGUGAGAGUGAGCGAAAGAAAAACGCGCCAAACAGCAUGACAAUAAGAGAGUGGUGUUAACAGUUUAACCGAACAGUGAUGGAAAGCACAACGAAGAAUAGUAGUGAAACAAAAAAAAACAGUAACAUGAUGCCUCCCAAAAUACAAUGUGUUCAGUAAAUUUUAGAAAAAAACAAAAAAGUUGAAACGUAAUUUCGUGUAUCGUAAUAUCGUAAGCAUUCCCAGCAUGAAGUACAUAUUUAUUACUUUUAAUAUGGCAGCGUAAUAUUUAAUGACGACAACAACCCGAGGAGAGAAGACACCGAAUGAAAAGUAACAUUUUCAUAGCUUUGAUUAAAUUUUAUAAAUUUCUGACUUGAUAUUGCGACGUGGGCACGCACCGAAAAGUAACGUUUUGAAUACUUGUGUUUUCGGACCCGAGCGCGCGCAAAGCGUUAAUUAUUAGCUCGAUAAGUGUUGUAAGCUGACCUGGGUCGGCGUAGGUUUAGAAACGGAAGUAAGUUUCAAGUUUAUGUAGUUUUAUGAUAUUUUUUAUUAAAUCAAAACUUUCAACGACCUUCCAUUGAGAGGGGUUCGUCGCUUCGCGCGUUCAGCUCUUCGUUCCGCAAAAGCGUAUACAAGCAAGCGAGCAGGAGUGAAAGAAACGAGAAGGAAGAGAGUUUAAGCGAGUGUGUGAGAGUGAGUUAGCGAGAGAGAGAGAGUGAGUGGGAAAAUCAGUGCCAAUAUCAUUUGUUAAACAAACGAAAACGAACAGAGAGUAUAUGGAACGCAGAUAUUUAACAAGCAGUAAAAAGCUCAUGUGUGAGCGCGAAUUGACAAAUAGGAGGGAGAAGCGAGCGAAUGGUUGAGUGUUCGAGCGUUAAAAUGUAUGGUAAUUAGUAAUUUGAUUAGCAUUAGGGAGAUAUGUGUUAUGUGAUUAUUUAUACUUUACAUAUGUUUUUAAAUGUUAGUUUUUCUCUCAAAAAUUGACAGUUGAAAAGUCGAUUGACUCGAUUGUCGGUUUGACAGGUUUUACGAAACAAAAUAAAACGAAAUAUUUAUAAGCUUAAA